UGUUAGCUGUUCACUAUGAAUCCCUACUUCUAAUAAUUCAUUGGUAUUUGAACCAUGUUUGUUUUAUCUCCUCUUCCGACGUACUUAUCAUCCCAUUCUCGUCUUUCAUAUAUCUCUGGUUUGAGUUCUUACCUUUCCUUAAGGUCCUAAGUGGCCGGAACAGUACUUUCGAGUAUCCUUCAUUCUUUGCCUCCAUCCGUUUUCAGCAAAAUAAAAUGUUUUUUAAUCUGGAUGCUAAAAGUUCUUAUGUCUCGAACUACUGAAUAUCGUGAUGUCUCAUUUAAACUAUUUAAAAUUGUGAGCGAACAUGUUAGAAGAUAAUUAUAGCUAAUAAAAUCGUUUUUGGAGUUAUCCCCAUUAUGAAUUACUUCACUAAAAGUGUUAAAGUAUCUUAAAAUGUGAAAAGUAGUCCACCGAAGAUCAUUGACCCAAAAUAUUUUUCACUUCAUUUUCGAUGUUCGAGUUGUGUUAACGUAGUAGUGCAAUCGGGUUAUUACUGACUAAGAAUUAUACUUUAUUACAUAAGUAAACAAAUUAAAGUGUUUUGUAAUAAGAAACAAUUCUUUAGGAUUAAAAUCAUAGUUCUACACAAGAAAAUCGAUCGAAAUGGACGUUUGCAUCUUUGUUAGUUGUGAUAUUUGUUUUAAUUGUUACAAUUGGGAUUUUAUUAAUUUACGUAAUUUGCUCCCAACCAUACCCUUAUUGUACUUCUACAAAAUGCAUCGAAAGGGCAUUCGCAAUAAAAUCCUCGAUGGACCAAAACUAUGAUCCUUGUGAUAAUUUUUACAAAUUUGUUUGUAACAAUUUCGAAUACGCCAAUUAUGGGAAUCAAAAUCCCAUGGAAGAGUUCUCAAAUUUUCGUAAAACAACGUAUAGAUUAAACGAUAUGAUCCAAAAAAUGAUUCAAAUGCCAAUUAAGAAGAAAGAUUCUCAUCCAAUUCGAAUGAUUAAAAAGUUUUACGCAGCCUGUUCCGAUAAAGAUGAAAGGGAAAAAUUGGGAUUAUCUGUAAUGGAUAAAUACUUAACCCAAGCAAAUUUACCAAGAAUUCCAACGAUUUUUACUUUACCAGAACAAAAUUGGGACAAUUACACUUUUAAUUGGGUUAAAACAUCGGUGAUGAUGAAAAAAAUUUUUGGAAUUGAUUUAUUUUUUAAAACUGUUGUUUCUAAUGACUCGGUUACCUUUUUAAUUGUUCCUGAUGAAUCAAAAAUACCAAUAUUAAUUUCUAAAAAUGGUAUUAAAACUUACGAAAAUCUCUACAACUCGUUAUUUUUAUCUGAUAAAUUUAAAAGUGCAAUGAUUCAUUUAAUCAGCGAAAUGUUUUCUUCUGAAAUGAAUGUAAAAUAUUUUCGAAAGAUUAUUGAGAAGAUUUGGUUACAGUUUGUAAAUAUAACUGAAGAGGCUCAAUUUGUGGUAGAAAAAUAUAAAAAAUACGGACCUUACUUAGAUCGAAAUGAUAAAACGGUGGUUUUUUCAUUCAAAGAUUUUCAAAAGAUAACAGACAAAAAAUUAAAAAAGAAUGGUUUAACCCCAUCAAAACCAGGAGACGAUUGGAAAAGUUACGUAAUGAUGUUGCAUAAAGAAUUAAGCGAAAAAUCGACAAAUUUCAGCAAUAUAAAUGUGCGUCUUUUCGAAAAUGAAUUGGAUUACAUCGUAAAUAUACCAAGUACUUUACGUAAAACGUCCGGUGUUAUGUUAGAAAUGUUUGCUUGGUGGAAAGCUAUCGAUUUUAUGAUUCUUCAUACAACAGAUGAAAUGGCAACAACUUUAAAUAACUUACUUUAUUCUUUUUCUGGUGAUGAUACAGAUUGUUUAAAAUUAACAAUUAACAAAUUUAAUCUUGCUAUUUCUCAUGGAUUAAUAACAGAAGAUUUUAUUUCAACUAAACCUCAAAUAAUGAAAUUUAUCGAAAACUUACUUGAUUCUUUUCAAGAAAGAAUCGAGGACAUCAAAUGGAUUAAUGAUGAAAUAAAAGAAUUGAUUUAUAAGAAAUUAGCUUCGAUAGAUUUAUUUGUGGGCGUCCCAGAUUGGAUUUUAGAUGAAAAAAGAGUCAUGAAAGAAUACGAAGGGAUUAAAAUUAAAAACUACACCCAUUUAGAUAAUUUAAUGCAAAUUGUUCAAAUGGAGGUUUUAAAAAAUUACAAUGAUCCGUCAAGCGAAGACUUUUACAGAAAUUUAAUUGAAGUAAAACCUUAUUAUAACUCUUUAACGAAUUCCAUUACAAUUCCUUGGUCUAUUUUGAGCACCCCAUUUUACAACCUUGGAUUACCAUCUCUCGAAUAUGGUGCUCUUGGAACCUUAAUCGCAUACGAAAUUAUCGACGAAUUCUUUAACAUUUUAUGGUCACAAGAAGCAUUACAAACCACUUUUAAAGAGAAAAUGAAAUGCUUUAUUGAACAAUACGGAAAUUUUUCGGAAUCGAUGCAGAUUAAUGAGAAUAUCGCCGAUAAUGAGGGAACUAAUAUCGCUUUUACAGCAAUGGCCAAAUAUUUUAAAACAACAAAUGUGGAGAAUAAACUCCCUGGAUUAGAAAUAUUUUCUAGUGAACAAUUAUUUUUUAUAUCACAAGCACAUGUAUGGUGUUUUGUUAAAGAACCUUUUCUCGAUAUCGAUGGUAACGAUGAAAUAAUUACGAAUGAAUUCAAUGUUAAUGGAAUUGUUCAAAACGCAGCAAAAUUUUCGGAAUCUUUUAAUUGUCCCCUUGGGAGUAAAAUGAAUCCGGAAAGAAAACGAUGUGAAAUUUGGUAAUUUAAUUAAUUUAUUUAUAAAUUUAGAUUAAUAAAAUUUUAACAAAAAAAAAAAAUUAAAGUUAUCUUGUAAAAAAUAC